CCGAGCAAGUGUGCGAGGGUCGAUCGGGCCGUCAAAUGCCACUCGUGAGCCGGCCGGCCGCGGUCGGAGCGAACUGGGCUGUCACGGAUAGCAGUGAGAAGGGCAGAGGUAUAGUGAGGAGGUGAGAGGCGCAGUGAGAACGUGAGAGACGCAGCGAGGCAGAAACGCAGUGAGACAGUGAGCAGAGGUGCGAAUAGAAGGCGUGUCCGUGUGUGACUGAUAAGGUCCGACUGCAGUUUGUCGCAGUGAUUUGUGGGCUCCGGUGACGGAUUCAUUUCGUGCGUAUUGUGAAAGGGCAGCUCUUCUUUGUGAUGCCAAUGUGACACAGCAAUAUAGAGGUGCAGCUCAUCGCCGUUACAACUUGUAACGAGCUCGACGUCCCGGACCGAAUCUCAUAAGAACAAAAAAGCCUUUGAAGUGAGACACUAUAACUACACCAACCAGCGUAAUCCGUCUUUUCUCCGAAAGUCAUAAUUGUUUUGAUGCGUUUCUAAAUUUUACAACAGAAACGGUGAUAAGGACGCAAUAAGUCUCACACCAAGGCGAAAAGACCUGUGCGGCGCGCGUCAUCUCCAACUGAGUAGAGAAGUGAGAAGUAGAGAAGUGACUCUUCUUCGAACUCCAUUUCAUCCCAGCAGCGCUCAUCAUCUCACCAUCCCAGCACGAUGAGUCUGCUGGGCAGCAAGCUGGCGGCCGCGGCAGUGCUGCUGGUAUCAGCACUGCUGCUGGGCCUUCUGCCUUUCCUGCUCCUCGGGUGGCUGCGGGGCGACUCGGGCGGCCGGCCACGUCUUCAGCUAGCUCUCUCCUGUGUCCAGUGUUUCGGUGGUGGGGUGCUGCUGGCCACAGUCUUCGCACAUAUGCUACCCGAACUGCACGAGGCGCUCGAUCUGCCCGACUCAGACUUCCCUCUAGCCGAGGUGCUCGUCUGCGCCGGCAUGUUCUGCAUCUACGCCGUGGAGGAGCUGGUCGAAGUCGGUAUGAACGCCGGCAGCGGAGGAUGGUCGGCCAGUCUGGGGCUGCGUGACAAACCCACAUACGGAGCCCUGGAGCAGCUGCCUAGGGUCGAGGGAUGGCAUGACGGACACUCACACAGCCUGCCACAAGACGGCCUUAGCGGAUUUCGGGCGGUCGUCAUGGCCGUGGCUCUAUCGGCGCACUCGGUAUUUGAGGGUAUGGCCAUCGGUCUAGAGGACCACACGGAGAGCGUUUGGUUGUUAGCCGCCGCCAUCACCGCCCACAAGGGCAUCAUCGCCUUCUGCUUGGGCGAGCAGCUGGCGGCCUGUGCGUAUGGCACGCGGCGCUCGCUGGUGUUGCUGUUGGUGUUCGUAGCGGCCGCGCCACUGGGUGUGUUAUUGGCAGCGCUAAUACCAACCCCGGACGGUGGCGACUCCAUCCUGCCACAAGUCCUACAAGCUCUAGCCUCUGGAUCGAUCCUCUAUGUUGUAGUGUUUGAGAUCAUCCAGGGAGAACGGGCUAAGCAGGGCGGUGGGCUGCUAAAACUACUGGCCGUGGUAGCUGGGUUUGCGUUCAUGGUGGGGAUGUCACAACUGCUGGUAGAAGAUGAGAAACGGGCGGUGACGCAGAUGAUCCUGGAGGAGUCAAAGGCUCCCGUCACCACACCUGCCAUGGUGGAAUGACAAUAAAAUUAGACAAUAGA